AUGCCAAGCCUCCGCUCAAGCUCAUCAUUCCCUACUCCACCGCAAACUGCUCUCUCGUUGAGAGCCAGUGCAAGCGACCUGAGCUAUCAUGAUCCUAAUAAACAAGGCCCAAGCCUAAACUGGAAUAAGUUCAGUCAAGUUGUCAUGGUGAACGAGCAUAAGGACCCAGACGAUGAUGGCAAAGCAGACAGCAACAAAAAAAGGAUACUGUUUUGGAAACGCAAUCGAAAACGCAACAGCAGUAGCAACAAUCUUGCGUCCAAUCCUUCAUGUUCCAUCCUGGUUCUAUCGACACGCAAACAGCACAAGCAACAGGCUUUGGGAAUAACUUUGCGGCAGGAAACUUCAAAUUCAGGAGGCAAAUCGCCUGGUGUUUACCUCACUGGAAUUGGUCCUCAUAGUCCAUUCUUUCGAGCAGCGUCUCGCUAUCUGCCGCAGGGCAGCAAGAUUGUUUUGGUCAAUGGCCAGCCAUGUCCAGCGUCCGUCAAAGAAGUAGCCAACCGACUGCUUCAAGUCCCGCAAGGAGCCGUGUUGACCCUGCAUUUUGAAGUUAACACUUCGAGCAAUAACAAGUCAACAUCCAAACUACCGUCACUCUUUCGCCGGAGCAACAGCAACACAACCAUGCUGAAUCCCAUCCAGGACAAACAUUACGCACCCGACCAUCCAUUUCAUCAAAACAAGGAACGGUUGCGCUCCGGCAAACAAUUGCCUCGAUCCAUUUUAAAGACACCCAAAUACAGUUCCAAUUCGCUAAGCAGCAUGGGGUGCAGCGGCGGGCCAUCUCCCAUGCAAAUGCUCGCCUUGCAUUAUAGGACGGCCAAAAUUCUGCACGACGAAGCCGUUCUGGAGUUUGAGCAGCUGGGCAAAUUCCUGACGCAAUCCUGGAGUACUUCCGGCAGUAGUAGCUCGAAAGCCUUGACGGACACGUCAGCGAGCCUGAUUGAAAAGACCAACAGUCGAUGGGCGAGUAUUCGAGCAGAUGAAUUGGCCGAGUUUUAA